AUGAACCCUGUUUACUGCCGAGCAGCUCCUCCCCCAGAACGCGUCCGCAGCUGUAAGAAAGUUGACCUCUGUGGCGGUUGUGUCCAUAGGACGGCCAGUCUGAGUCCCUCUCGAUCGCGCACUGACCUCCAAGGGGUGGUCUACACCCGAGGGGGAGGGGGGGUCACCGGCCAGCAGAGGAAAUGUUUGACACUCCCCAGAUCUUACGACAGGAAGCUGAAAGCGGCGUAUCUGUGUAUAUUAAUAUGUGUGGGUGUCAGCAGCGAGGGAGACGAGCCGGCUGUUCAACACAACACGAACCCAGACGGUUCGGAGGCAAUGGAGGACUGCGUGCAGGGGGCGCUCUCCUCACUUUAUCCGCCGUUCGAGAGCACGGCGCCACCCCUCCUCUCUCAGGUCUUCUCGGUCCUGGAGUCAACCUAUCAACACGACAGCCUGCGCUACCUCCUGGACUAUUUCGUACCUGCCAAGCAUCUCCUGCACAAGCUUCAGCAGCAUGCCUGUUCUCAGUAUUUGGGAUGCUUGUUCCUUCACUCCGGCUGGCCCCUCUGCCUGGGAGAGAAAGUGGUUGUUCAGCUCUCCACCUUGGACUGGAGGCUCCUGCGCAGUAAUGACUUCUACCUGCAGGUGGUGCCCUUUUCUACACGCUGCCCACGACUGGCCCUAAAAUGUCUGGCACCCGGGGGUCGCACCGUGCAAGAAAUCUUGGUGCCCGAGUCACAGCAUCCCCUGGUGUUUACCUCUGAGUGGCUCCACAGUAUCAACAAAGAACGGGGUCACAAGAGAGAAGUUGGAGGGGGACUCGACACCUGUCUGGUCAGUACAUGCGAUGGCGUGGUACGAGUGCCGUGGAAGGAAAUAGUCUACCCAAAAUUCCUCCAUGACCCUUCUGAGGAGCUUGGCCUGGGUUCCAACCGCCUUUCCAGUGAAGGGGGCAGCAGCCUCGGAGGGUGGGGUGGCUCCUCCUCAGGAGACAUGGACUCCUGGUCCUGGGAUGAUGAAGACGAUGACAGUCUACCGCCACGCUGCAUGGACUCUGACCCUGCCAUCAGACGGCGGCGCAGCGAAGAUGGCCUUGGGCGGACGGCGAGGCAGCCUCAGAUGGAUGGGGAUUAUGUGGAGCUUUUGGAGCCCAGAGGAGGACCUGAUGGAGGCGUUGACACCAAGCAGAGGUAUUUGGAGAUGCACGGGAUUUGCAAGACCAGAACUUUGCCCUUAUGCAGGAGAGGUAAGGCCAUCAAACUUCGCAAAGGAAAAGCUUGGGGUUAUGCAAAACCUGAAAGAUCGGGAAGCUUUCGGGGUGCCUAUAGCACCAAGGAGAAGGAGGGAAAUCCAAAGGAUGACUUGCCACUGCCAAAACCUCCAACAACGGUUUCAGGAUCUGCCAGAGUAAGACAGUCUUACUCCUCCUCUGCUCAUGACUCAGAUGAAGGAGAUAAAACAAGCAGAGACAACAAUAGCUUGGAAAGCCGCAGCCCUUAUUUUGAUGUUCCAUUAAAAGAAAGGAGACCUGGUGUGGGCAAGGAGAGAGACAGCAACGGGUUCCCACAACCGUCCCGAGAUGGACACCAAAAUAAAGACUCCCAGAGAAGCGACAGCUUAAUAGCAAAUGAAAUCUACGACAUAAGCCAUAAAAGUGGCCAUGACGUUGAGGGCCAGUCGGAUCAUGGCUCACAUUCAGACUCUGUGUUUGAGGACGCAGAUAAACCACUGAGUGGAGACAGCGAUGCUGUUACGCCAACAUCGGACGCACCAGAGAGGCUAUUUACUGGAGUCUCUGAAAGCAAAGAUACAGCCAACGUUCAGUCUAAGACGAGGAACUCACCGAAGCCGAAGAUUCCAGAUGAAAGGGCUGAAGGGCAGGCAGAGGACAGAGUGUGUCCCAGAGGAAAAGAAGUUAAAACAGCCGGAUUCAGAGCUCCACGGAGGAAACGGAAGGGAAAGGGCGCCAAAGGAAAGGCUAGGUCUGGUGGCAAAAACCAAAAAGGCACAAAACUACAGGGUAAAAGUCCUCUGCCAAGUCCCACAGCCCACUCUGCAACUACAAAGCUGCUAAUCCCAGAGGAAAAGAAGGCAGAGGAAACAGAAAAGAUUGACAAACUUGAUGACGUGCCCACAACUGACACUAAAGGGAAGGAAAACACGAGGAAAGGCAGUGGAGCUGAGACAGAUGAUGGAUCGUUGCCUGUGUGCAAUGGUCAGUCAAGCACGUCUUCAUUUAACCACUUGACUGUGGAGCCUGGAUCACCGGAGACGUGUCCUGACCAGAUAAAUGGUGUUACCUAUAAAGAGCUGGCGCUUUUAAGGGAACUGGAUGCAGAAUUACUUCAGUCAGGGAAGCUGCAGCUGACAGGUACAGUGGACAGAUUGGGGCGAGCUCUGGUUUUCACAGAUGCAGGUGCGUUUCAGGAGGGGUUCUGCUCGGAGGAGGUGGCGCGGGUCCUUUCCUGUUACCACCGGAUCACUCGGCCUGAAGCCAAAGAAAAGGGACUAACUGUGCUAAUAGACAGCAGAUGCUCCCAACCAUCUAGUCUUUGCCUUUCUGCUCUUAAACGGUUCCAGGUCUUGGUUCCUGGCGGUUUAGGAUCCGCGUUGGUCCUGGUGGAGGAGCAGCAGGAGUCCCUUUCCUUAGCUUUAGAUGGGACAGAGACCCACAUAGUGCGCGGUACAGGAGUCCUUCAGCAAUAUGUAGACAGUCAGCAGCUCCCUAAGCAGCUGGAUGGAGACUUCAGUCACAGUCACUCAGACUGGCUGGCAUUCAGACUGAGGUUGGAGAAACUGACAGAGCGUUGUGAGAGCGCCCUCUCUCUGCUCGGAGAAGCCCUGCAGUCCAUGGAGACGGAGGAGAUGCCGAAUGACAUCAAGGCUGUUCCUCAGAGCAUUGACAAACACAGGCAGCUCAUGGCGAGUGUGCUGGCUGACCAACGCCUAACUGAACUGCAACAGAGGGGCGGAGCCUGGCUAGCAGGACUGACUAACUGUUCGUCCGGACUGGCGCAGAGGUCGCCUGACUGCAGGGCUGCUCUCAACGCCACUUCGCAACUCUACGACGGCGUGGACGAUGCCCUCCAUCGGCUCGUCCAGGUUUCCAACCGGCGAGGACGUGACCUGGAAGCGCUGGGACGACUGGCAGGAAUGGUGCACAAACUGGAAAAGUGUGACAAGGAAAUUGAGCAAGUGCAGUCCCAGCUGGAGGAAUACAAGGACCCUCCUCUGUCUCUCAGCAGGCUGUCGCUGAAGCAGCAGAAGUUCAGAACGUUCAGAGAAAUGGCCAACGAGCUGCACAGCGACACUCUGUCGGUGCUCAGCGAUCUGGAGGGCUGGUGCGAGCUGAACUGGGCCGGCCUCAGUGACAUCCAGAUCCGUCUGCCCCCUGUGAGGGAGAAGCUGAGAGACAUGUCCCACUGUCUGUCCGACUGCUGGACCACCCUGGACAACACCCAGAGGCUGCUGUCCACACUGACAGAGGCGACCCAGUGGUGUGACGCGGUCUCCUCCACCCCUUCCUCACCCACCGCCUCCUCUUCCACCUGCCCGCUGGCGUCCCUUCCUCCAAUACCCCCGUCUCGCUUCCAGGACGCACGGUCCUUAGCCAUGGAGCUGGGAGGCGGGGCCCUCCUGGACCUCUGGACCCAAACAGUGGAGCGCUACCAGCGGACCGUGGCGCAGGUCAAACCUCGUUUCCUCCACUCCGAGCGGACGCAGAGCCAGGGCCAGGGGAAGGCCAAGACGCCAUCCGGCAGCACCUUCUGGGACCUGGUGGGGCCCGACGGGGAGGGCGACUGGGGGCUCGGAGGAGGGGACGGCGGCCUGCAGUCCUGGGGGUCCCUGGCGUCGCUGUUCAGGCCUCAGACCUGCUCCACGCUGAAGAUAGGAGAGGACAAAGGGAAUCGGAGGGACGGGUCAGCGGGGAACGGAGGGGGAGCCGGUGGAGGGAAGUUCCUGCAGAACCUUCUGAAUCCCGGGAAGAAAAGUCCCCCAGAGGCUCCGCUCCCUCCCAAGCCUCCCCGGAAGCGCCACCCCAGCUUUGACCUCCAGGCUCUCCUGGCCCCCCGCAAAGGCACCGCCACCCCCAAGCCGGAGUCCCCCGUCGGCGGGGCGAGCCGCUCCUCGCCCAUGUCUUGGCUGGGGCGAAAGAACAUGGCCGACCCCGUCAUCGCCACCAGCAUGGCGGCGGCUAUUCCUGGGUGGGGCGUCGGAGUAGCAGGCGGAGGUGGAGGCGGCGUGCUGAUCCGAGGUGUGGAGGUCAGCAGCAAAGAAGUGGUGGAUCACACAGGGUCUCCGCGGCAACACGUCCUGCUCGGGAGGACGGAGAGGGACAUGGGGGCAGACAGGACCGGCUCCACUGCACAGAGUAAACUGUACCUGCUCUGGUGCAGGAUGCUGAGCUCAGAGCGGCAGUACGUGGCCGUCCUGAAGGGGGUUGAAGAGACGUACCUGCCCCUGCUGGAGCUCUCCGACACCCCGGCCUCCAUCAGGGGGAAGGAAGACACGCUCUUCCCCAACUGGGGCAGCCUCAGUGCCUUUCACUCGCGGGACCUGCUUCCUGCCAUGGAGGGCGCUCUUGUGCAGAGUUUGUUGCAACAGGACUGCUUCAGCAAAUAUCGGGAGGAAUUUCUCCAGUAUUCCCACUACAUCCGCUCUAAACCAGAAAUGGAUUCACCUCUGGUCACACAGGCAGCUGACUUCUUUAAGUCCAAACUCCCCCAGGCGUCCCCCCUCUCCCCUUUGUCUUUCCCUUACUGCCUGCAGGCUCCCAUUCAGAGGCUGGAGCAGUACUGCGAGGCCCUGGAGGAGCUGGGCGGUUUAAAUCUGGCCUCAGACUCCGCCCUCUCCGUCCUGAGACACGCCCAGCGGCACGGCGAGGACCUCAGGGCCAGUGACCUCAUCGUCGGCUGUCCGAUCUCAGUGGCAGAUCGUGGCGACCUGGUGAGGCAGGGUGAGCUCACCGUGUGCGGGGGACCUCGGAGGAAGCGGGCGGGUGUCAGGAAUGUCUUCCUCUACCAGCACGCCAUCAUCUUCACCAAGCAGAAGAGCCCGAGUCCGGGUCGCACCGCCUACAACUACAAGCACAGCAUCAAGACGAGUGAAAUGGGUCUAACUCAGAAAGUCGGCGAUGAGGGAGUGAAGUUUGAAGUCUGGGUCCGACAGGCACCCAGGACCAGAGACUGUAUCACCCUUCAGGCCCAGGAUAGAGCAGGACGGGAGUCCUGGGCUCAUGACAUAGCCCACCUGCUGUGGACGCACGCCAUAAACAACACAGAGCUGUGUCUGAAGGAGUCGCUCUGCAUGGGAGUUUCCAGCAAGCUUCUGCUGGAUGCUACAGGAACUCCGGGAUCAGAGCUGGACUCCAGCUGCAGUCUCAGCGACAGAGUCCACAGUAGCUGCUCAGACUCGUCCUCUGUGGGCAGCCAGAAGGAGGGGGGAUCCCCAGCGUCUGGGAGGGACCCCAGGUCAAGCUCCGGAUCAACAAGCUAUUCACAGAGUCUCUCUCCCUCUACAGCUGUGUGACUGUCAUCUGAACAAGAAAGCAGAAGCUGCACUCUGGACUCUUCGUGGCUUCCGUCACCUCGGACUCGACUCAAAACUGGACUUCACCGACUUCCACCCGAACUUCUCUCGCGCCCUUCAACCUCCUGCGAGAGUGCAGACGACGCCAGGGGGCGGAGGGAUCCGACGCAGCUGCACCACUCCGCAUCCAAAAAGGAUCAAAAACUCGCCCGUCCCCCCCUUCCUUGUUUUAAACCAUGACAAGCGCCGAUGGGGGAGUGGGAGGGGGGGUGGCUCUCCGGCGCUCCGCCAUUUUGGGUCUGCCAGUCUCAGCUGCUGGCAGAGUCAUCGACACCGACGGCACUUCAAGCUUGCACAGUGCGGCCAUUGUCUGCCCCGCUACUCCCCACUAGGCCAAACCACUUGGUCUGAACCACUGACUGGGCCGACUGUACACAUCACAUGCUCCGGCAUCUGAUAAUAAACAGGAAGUAAUAUGCUGGGUGUAAAUGUGGCGUGGGAUUGCAGAUUUAGGAUGUAUUAUGUACUUUAUCACCCUCAUAACGCUGAUUGGAGACCGUACACUUUUUUUGUUUUUUUUAUCUACCCUGUGUUUUAUUUGUGUGUGUGUGUUUGUGUGGCUCGGGUUAGGUGGGAUUGGAUCUAUGUAAAUGAGGUAACAAGCACACUCACACAGACACACACAAUGCCCCCCCCCCCCCCGACACAUGCAGUCACUCUUAUUGUUAUCAGACAGUGGAGCACUGUUCACAUUCACAUGCUCUCCCCUCCUCUCCAGCUCCCUCUCAUACACACACACACACACACACACACAUUGCCCAGCUUAGAGCCUGGUACAGUGACUAAAUGAGGCGAGCUCACAUCUGAACACGUACAGAUGAUGAGGAAGAGAAGUGGUUUGCAGUUUCAAGACUGUUGGGAGUGUGUAAGCAAAUUAUAUGGCUUUUUAUGAACAGUGCUAAGAAAUUGAAGUAAUAACGGUAUUUAGUCGUUCUUGGAGUGUAAGUAACGGUGUUAUAAAGUUUUCAUCCCCCCCUUACAGUUUUUUCUUUUGGGUCACACUUCAAUAUUUCAGAUCAAACAAGUCAAGUUCACUUUUUAGAGGCUGUUAAGACCUAAUAUAAUCCAUUAUAAAACAAGCAAAAAUAUUACGUUUUGUCAAAAACCAUCAUCAACCAAAUACACGCGGAUCAAUGUUUUUAGCCUUCAUUUAAAGGAACUCAGUGUUUCGACAGUUUUGCGGUUUUCUGGAAGUUUGUUCCAAAAGGGGUUUGUCCCGUUACAUUGUGUGCUAACAGUAGCACGUAAAUUUAAGCCCAUGUUUCUUAUCCAAGUGUCGCACAUUUUUGAGAAAUUAGUGGUGCCUUCAUCUACUGGCUUGGAUCAACCAGGCUACGUAAAGCGUAAUCAUGUUCACGUUACACGUGACUAUGAUAGUAAGGAAGUAGAGGUUGCUAGGCAGCAAGGACCACGCAUCUCAGAAAACUGGAGAGAGGUUUUCAGGAAUGCGUAGCUAUUGAGUUGUAGUUCUGUUAUGUCAACUGAUCCUGGCGAUGUAACCGCCUGUAAGGAGACAGAGAAAGAAAAGCAAUUCUAACAAGCAGCUGAUUGGCUCAAGUGAGGUAUGAGUUUGCUACAUCGUAACAUAUUAGGCGAAUGUGGUGCCAUCUGCCCAUUAUUUUGACAGUCAAAAACCAACACAAACAAGCAAAAUAACUUUGUUUUUUUUUGUUGUUUUUUUUGUAAAAACGAGAUCAUUACUGCAAGUUUCGCUGUUUCCAUCAACCUUUUCUACUUCUAAAGUAUGCAACGCUUCAAUGUGUGCUCGAGAAAACUUUGAUAGAAACACAAUCUAUGAAGCUCACCUGCAAGUCCAGCUGUGGAUGAUGCGGAAAAAAUAAAAAUAAAAAUAAAAUAAGUUUUGGAACAUCUAAUGUGACAAAAUCAAAAUUAUUUUGCCUCCAAGCGUAACAACCAGGUAUUAGUUCAUCAAAUAGGAUGGCUGUUUUUUUUUCUUAAAUAAACACUUUUUUGUGUAAUUAUUAUCUUUAUUACAAACAUGUUUAAUGAUCUGAAACAUUUAAAGCAAGAACAAAAGAUUAUCUGUAAGGGGGCAAACACUUUUUCCCAGCUCUGUUAAUCAUCAAGGUCUUGGUGCCUGCACUGAAGAAUCUCCUUCAGUGAACUGAAACUGAAUUUUACUGCUUCACCUUUUGUUCUGAGAUGCCAUAUUCUGUAUGCCAAAGGUAUGAAUGGGUGUCAGUGCAAUGUUUACUUGUGUUUUAAACCUUAUUGACUAGUUUUGGUUUUCACAAACUGUCUGCACUCUCCAUGAAAUGGAGGACAGUGGAUCAUUGCGUUCGCUUCAUUCUCUGUUUACCAGUUUUGUUCUUUAGGCUUGGUAGACAUGAACGACUUUUUAAGUAAGAUGCUUUUUAAGGAGCAACAUAACAAAUUGGAUGACAGUAUUACGUUUGAAGAAGGAUGUGUAAAAUGUUCCGCUUUGUGUAUGAAUUUUGAGUUGUUGUUUUUGUCUUUCUUGAAGUUUGAAUGAAUUGCGUCCAUACAGCAAAUUUUGAAAGGUCGAAGGAAGCAGUGAGGUUCUGUUCACAUUGAGGCAGAAAACACUGAUAACUAAAGAUAACCAGGUUUCAGAGUCUCGACAUACCGGGGAUGGCAAAAUACGCUAAACGGCACCAAAAAAACUCAAAAGAGAAACUGGAGUUGCAUGAGUCAAAAAAAAGUGUUUUUUAAAAUUUUCCCUCAGUUCCUUGAAAGAAAUUUUUUUAUGUCACUUCGAUAAAACUAGCAUAAAGUAGCGUGUUGCGGUGAAGUGGAAAAUCCAUAAGAUGUUCAAAGUUUGGGAUGAGCAAACCGACUCCUCUACAAAUGAUUUCCCUCUUUUUACAUCCGGAGGGAAUCGCUUGUACUGGAUUUUGUUUUGAAGUAGUAAUAGACAUUCAUGUCACACUGUUCGAAUUUUUGUCGGUAAAAGAAUUUAAAACCGCGUUUCCUUUUCCCCGCUUACAACUUCCCGGCGCCUGCUGAUUUAUGUCGCAUAAAAUCCCAGUAAAGUACACGGAGGUUUGUAGUGCCAACGUGACAAAAUGUGGACAAGUUCAGGGGGUGUGAAAACAUUCAGAAGGGAUCGGAUACGAAGCCAACAACCAGCGUGAGAAAUGAAACACGGUUUCCACGACCGCAGACCUUGAUUUUAUAAACCGGGGGGGUGACAUCAUCGUUUUGUCAAGGUCUGAAAUACAUGAAACGAAAACGGCUUCUAGGCCACCACCUAGCAAAGCGAAAGGACAGAAUGUGCUAAAACAAAAAUCUCUAAUGGUGCGUCUUCCAGCAACAAGCUUGUCCUUCGCUGUCUGAAACGUUUAAAAAAUUUAUAGUCCUGUCUUUCCAUCAGAGCAACUUCUCAGAGAAAGAUGAAAAACAUUCAAACUACUCAAUUAAUUAACUCCCCAGCACUACUACUCUUUCCUUCUUUGUAACUUAUUACACACAUAUAUAUACAUAUAUAUAUAUAUAUUGUGCAAUAUUAAUUUCCAGAAUUGCUCAGCAGAAUUUCUUUGUGAAGCUCCAGUGUCAUGUGUUGGUAGUCCAGAAUUGACCUGGAAGUGCUUAAGUUGUCCAAAAACACUCGGCACAAAGAGGUAGGUGCUGUUGGACACGCUGGUUGUUGGUGAAAAUGUAACUUCUGGAUCUCAUAUGUUCUGUCCAAAUGUGGCCUAAGCAAACAUUCUGGAUGUCAGGCUUCAUUAGCUGGUUUUAGCGACCCCAAUCCCCUCUUUCAGUCACAUUUCGACUUCACAAUGUGACCUUAUUUGGACCUCUAUUCACCUUUCCGAUUUCGAGCACAUUUUUAGCACAUGCAACUGGUAUGAAAAAAAAAAAAAAAACCAAGAUGUCAAACCACUCCUUUAAGAGACCUCAAAACUAGCAUAGCGAGGGAUAAAAAUAACUUUCACUUCCGCCUCGACUCUGCAACACUUGCUGUAAACCUAUUAAUAGCUAUUUGUUACACCGCUGAGUGCUAUUUACACACUCGGAUAUGGAAAUCACACGGAAAAGAAAGAUGCAUACAGCUUACCAAAAUGUAGCUAUUUCAAACGGAUACAGUGUAAUUAAAAACAACAUGUUCAUGUUAAAAACAAAGAAGUCAUGUUUAAGGUACAGACUUUCAGUUUGCAGCCCACUGCCGCAGUUUGUGGCCGGUUUCACGUUUCAUAUCUGCAUCCAUAUUGAAAAGUUGCAAAUGGCUAUUGAGCCAUUUCUGAAUCAAUAUGUAAUUUGUUGGCUUGAAGAAGUCGGCACACUUCGCAGCCUUCAGCUGUUUGGUACACUGCAUUGUAUUGGAAGCGAUGUAAUAAACACCAUCAUUCAUUUAUACUGCAGCAUACAUUGUCUCACUUUUAUGAAAGUGUAUGUACAGAAACUUCUUCUUUUUUUUUUUUUUUCCCUCCUCGCUUUUGGUGUAUGAUGAACUCUGCCGAAUGUUUACAAUUUUUUUAUUUUCUUUUUUGUAAAGCAAAGAGGGAUGUUAGAAAUGCAUGUUUCGCCUACGUUACAGUUGUCAUCUUUUUUUUGUUGUUGUACUUUUCUGUUCUGAAUUAAAACUGGACUUUAAAUUUAAA